AUGUCCGACUGCUACGAUUCAGCCAAGCAGCAGGCCUACGACUGCUUUGACCCAUGCUUCAAGGAAGUCAAACAGUUCUCACUGACCGAUGAUCCAGAAAACCUGCGAACCUGCUUUCAAAAACGUCGUGGAUUUGUGGACAGCAUUGUCAACUGCUUCCGGACAAAGAUAAAAGCGUGCGAGAAUGACGUUGAGAAAGCACGAGAAACUGUCGUGAAGAGUUACGACUAUCACGAUAUGAUCAAAAGAGUCGAAGACAUCAUCAAUGAGCAAAUCCAGACGUUCCUCAACUCGAUCACUUCCAAUCGCGUAAAGGUCAAUCGCUUCCUAGUGCUUUGA